CGUUAACUCUGUUCUCUACUGUUCUCUACUGUGAGUACAUCAUUUGUACAGUUCAAAGUACACACACAUAUACUUAGGAAUACCUUUACAGUCAUUCAAUGAUAAUAACGGAGGAUCUAAUUCGCCGUCGUGCCGAACACAACGACUGUGAGAUCUUCUCCCUGGAGGAAGUUUCUCUUCAUCAGCAGGACAUCGAGAGGAUCGAACACAUCGACCGCUGGUGCAGAGACCUGAAGAUCCUCUACCUGCAGAACAACCUCAUCCCCAGGAUAGAGAACGUCGGCCGCUUGAAGAACCUGGAGUAUCUGAAUCUGGCCUUGAACAACAUUGAAGCCAUCGAAAACCUGGAAGGCUGCGAGAGCCUCCAGAAGUUGGACCUGACGGUGAACUUCGUCGGCCGUCUGAGCAGCGUCGAGUCUCUGAGACACAACGUCCACCUGACGGAGCUGUUCCUGGUGGGGAAUCCCUGCACCGAGUUCCAGGGCUACCGGCAGUAUGUGGUGGCAGCUCUGCCUCAGCUGAAGUGGCUGGACGGGACGGAGAUCAGCCGGUCGGAGAGGAUUCGAGCCUCUCAGGGUCUGGAGGAGGUGAGGAUUCUGGUCGGCGAGCAGGAGGAGGAAUAUCUGAGGAGGAGAGUCCAGGAGAAGGAGGAGUCAGAGAGGAAGGCGGCAGGAGGCGAGAAGCAGAACCGGGAGAGGAAAGCAGGCUUCGACGGCUGCUGGUACACCGACAUCAGCAACACAACUCCAGGUUUGGAGGAGAACCAGGAGAACCAGAAGAACCAGGAGAACCAGGAGAACCAGGAGAACCAGGAGAACCAGGAGAACCAGGAGAACCAGGAGAACCAGGAGAACCAGGAUCUGGAGGAGAAUGUGGAGAACCCAAAGAUAGACGAGGAAGAACAAGAGCGAGAGUUCUGGGAGACUCCGUGUCCGUUCACCCCCGAAUCUCGUCUGGAGACUCAUCGCCACCUGGAGCAGAAGAGGAAGGAGAAGGAGAAGAAGACGGAGAAGAAGCUGAAGGCGGCGAGAACGCUGGUCACCUCCGACGGACGAGUCCUGAACGUCAACGAGCCAAAGCUGGAUUUCUGUCUAACUGAAGACGAUGAAACCAACAUGAUCAUCUUGGACCUGGCAGUGUUCAGACACCUGGACACCUCCCUGAUCGAUGUGGACGUUCAGCCGACGUACGUCCGAGUCGCAGUCAAAGGAAAGAUAUUUCAGAUAGUCCUGCCGGCCGAAGUGAAGCCCGACAGCUCGACGGCUCGGCGGUCCCAAACCACCGGACACCUGGUCCUGACGCUGCCGCUGGCCCAAGGUGAAAUCAGAGUGACAAAGAUCGUCCAACGUCCGUCCAGAAACUGUGGAAACAGACACUGCAGCUCGCCGCAGGACAAUAAAAGGAAUAAAAACGAUAUUCCUGAGAGGCUGGAAGUUGAUCCCAGUAAACGAACGUCCGUCGACAUUGCCAACAUCGUUCAACGGCGAAGCACCAAAGAAGGUCCACUGGAAGUAAACAGGACGACUCCACCUGAAGCCGAUCUCUUCUCUGAAGGUUUCAUAGACGAUCCAGAUGUUCCACCGCUCAUUUAAGACGAUAAGGAUCCUUUAAACACCAGCAGCACACAGACUUUAAUAAAAGCAUGAUGUUUAUGGAGGUAAAACAGUCAAACUAACAGACUGUACAGAUAAUACCAACCACUUCCAUAAUACAAUAAGACUUUUAGAAAUAUUCGCACCUUUACAGAACAUUUCCUGUCAAAACUCAAUCCAGCAUUUAGUUUCCACAAACUUCCUUCAGAUGGAAAAUCAUUUAGAUGAAAACUGUGAAUCAAACACCAUAAAUAUCAUUGUUAAAGUUCAGGUAAAUGCUGGUUCUGCUCUUCUUACAUCAUUUCAUAUGUUAAAAAUAAAAUAUCCAUAGCAACAACCAAA